UUUCGUUUGGAAUAGUUAAGGAUAAACACCUGACUCGGAUAACUCGGACAACGAAAUGUAUUACAACAAAUAUUUGUGAACCAAAAGAAAUAAGAAUAAAAAAAAGGCAGAAAAAAUAGUGAAAAUUAUAAAAAAGGUAUUAAAGCUUUAAUAAUGUGCUUAAAUAAUGCCUAAAAAUAUGCUACGAUUUUUUAAUACCGUGAUUUUCGUGUGAAAGAGAAAUUUUCAACAUUCAAAAUUUUGUGGCGUGUGCUGGAAAAAAAAAACCAAAAAGAAAUCAGUCAAUCAAUUUAUGGCAAUGUCAAGAUUUGUGUACAUAUGUACUUAUGUAUAUGUACCUUUUCGUUACGCGUUACAAAUAUGUAUUAAUGUGUCCGCCAGUAAUAUUUUGGCAAAUCGAAAGUUGAAAAUUAGGAAGUGAAAAAUCAUUUUACAUGGUAUCAAUGCUCAAACUCAAUCAAUGUAGUAAAUACGUGCAUACAUACACACCAUACAUACAAAAAAAAAAACCACACUUACUCGGUUGUGAGCAAAUCCAAACUUAGUGGGAGCAAUUAAAUUAACGCCAUCGCAACUAAUCGAACAAUCGAAUUAGAUUUAAAGACGAAAACGAAACAAAUAAAAGCAACAACUAUUACUACUACUACUACUAGAAAGGAAAAACCUCGCAAUGCUGGAGGCCAAGUCAGCUGCAAGCACACCGUUAAAUGGCAUACAAAAAAAUUGCAACAACAGUAAACAUCCCAAUAAUGCAACAAUGAAGAAUGGACAUAGUAAUAGUACAUCGAAUGUGGAAAAGGGUGUUGUUGCAGUUGGCGAAAAUGAUAAUGGAAAUGAAAAUGUAGACAGCAGCGUUGAUAUGCCAAAAGAUGUGCUGGAGAAAUUAUUUGAAAAUUAUUUUUUCAAACAACGUCGGGCGGGCCUCAAAUGGUUCAUAUUCACAGCAAUACUUUAUAAUUUUUGGACAUUUUUUGUGCGGCAUGAACCGCCAACGUUGGAAACUAUUGCAGAUGAUAGGCGAAGUUUCAACUCAUAUAUUUUGAUCGAAAUAGUGACUUUAGUAAUUAUGAGGAUAUUUGUUGAUCGGAGAGUGCUCGAUCAUAAACAUAUUCAAACUUUUUCGAAAAGACUUACAAUGAAAAUUACAUAUUUCGUUUGGCUAAUAUUUUUCCUGAAUAUCAUAUUCUAUUUUAAACUGGAAAUUUACCCUUCGCCAAGAGACCUACUAGGUUGGGUCAUACUCUUCAACUUUCUUUUUUAUGUUACCCUGCCUUUACAACUUUGGUAUAAGGGCGCUAUAUUCGGGAUAACGAGUUUGACUAUAUUUCCGCUGACAUUAUGGGGGUUGGGAUUUUGUAACGAGCCUUUCGUACCGGAACAAUAUUUUGCAAGUACUGCAAUGAUUUUCACCGCUGCAGUUAUUGGGUUAUUAUGUUAUUUUAUGAGUGAGGCAAAGCAGAGACGUGCAUUUUUGGAGGCGAAAAAGAGUUUGGAAGUGAAAAUGGUUAUUGAAGAGCAAUCCGCUGAACAGGAGCGUCUACUGCUGUCCGUAUUGCCGAAGCAUGUAGCUGUUAAAAUGCGACAGGAUCUAGGUUCAACUAGUUCGGAGCCAUUCAAAAAGAUUUACAUGAGUCGACAUGAAAAUGUGAGCAUUCUUUAUGCGGAUAUUGUGGGGUUUACAGCAAUAUCAUCCACAUACAGCGCUCAGGAUCUUGUUAAAAUGUUAAACGAAUUGUUUGCGCGCUUCGAUAGUUUAUCCGAGAAAUACCAUCAGUUAAGAAUUAAAAUCCUUGGUGAUUGCUAUUAUUGCAUUAGUGGUGCACCUGACGAACGUCCUGACCAUGCUGUACUCUGUGUACAUAUGGGCCUUUCAAUGGUGGAAGCUAUUAAAUAUGUACAACAGAAGGCCAAUUCGCCUGUUGAUAUGAGAGUAGGCAUACAUACCGGCGCUAUAUUGGCAGGCAUACUCGGUCAGCGACAGUGGCAAUUCGAUAUAUAUUCCAAAGAUGUUGAGUUGGCUAAUAAAAUGGAAUCUAGUGGCAAAGCCGGCCGCGUACAUAUUUCGGACAAAACCUUAGCUUUCCUCAAUGGUGAAUUCGAAGUAGAACCAGCAUAUGGCGAACGCCACGAUGAAGCUUUACGUAUAGCGGGCUUAAAGACUUAUUUCAUAACAAAUGUUUUGGAACCGUUUGAGGAGGAACGUCGUCUAAGUGUGGAACGAGCGAAACUUCUUGAAGAGUAUGAUAAAAACUUCAUGGCUGAAGAUAAAACUACUGGCAAGAAGUCCCCAACGAACAGUAAGAAUAACAACUUCAAAGUGCGACUGCAAGAAGAACUAAUUUCACGAGAUGGACAUGAAGAUCUUUCGAAAUGCACAAAUUUCUUCUUAAAAUUCAAAGAGAAAAGCUUGGAGGAUGGUUAUGCCGCCCACCGUGAACCCUUUUCAUCACUUCCACUAAUCGCAGCUCUACUCGUACAACUACUCGACAUUAUCUACUCCUCAGCCAUACUACCAAGAUCACAGUUACAUCUUAUAAAUAUCUCGACACCUUUAAUACCCAUGACUAUGUUGGUCUUCAUUUCAAUAGCUGAAAGUUUUCCAAAUUAUUUACCAGAAUCCAUCGUCAGCUUAAGUAAACGAUUCAACGAUAUAACAUUCGUGCGAGAAUUAACAGCAAUAAUUUUGGCAUUGACAAUUGGACUCAGUAAUGUUGUGGAUAUGUAUUUCUAUGUGACCUACUUGAAAACGGAUCACGUUGUUUUAGAGAGUGAAAUCGACACCUUUACAGAGGCUAUUGCUAUUCAAGUGGAGCCGGUCUCUGCAUCUAUACGAGCAAAUGAUUCCGUAACGGGUGUAAUACACAUGUAUCCAUCGUAUAUGAGCAAUUAUUGUGUCUUGAUAUUGGUUGCCAUCGCUGUCAUCGCUCAAUUGACUCAUAUUACGAAAAUUGUAUUGAUGAUGGUUAUCACAGCACUACAUUGCUACUGCAAUAUAUAUAUUUUGGGUGAUUUAUAUGCAUUCGAAGAUUACAUGUCGGGAAAUCCUACAAUGCCUACAUCAAAGAGAGUAUCGACGGUAUUAGUAAUGGCUGCAGUGGCAUUAUCAUUUAUUGUGCGUCUCAUGGAUCGCGAGGAUCGCGUAAUAUUCAAGUGGAAAACUGAAGUAGCUGAGCAACGCGAAAAGGCAACAGAUAUGCGGCAACGAAAUGAAGCUUUGGUCUAUAAUAUAUUGCCCGUUCACGUGGCCGAGCAUUUUAUGAAGAACACCAAACGAUCACACGAUGAUCUCUACUCACAGAGUUAUGCUGAAGUGGGCGUUCUCUUUGCCAGCAUGCCUAAUUUUUCAGAUUUUUACUCUGAGGAAACAGUUAACAAUCAAGGAUUGGAAUGUUUGCGAUUCUUAAACGAAGUCAUUUCCGAUUUUGAUGCAUUACUCGAGUUGCCACAAUUUCAAGAUAUAAUUAAAAUCAAAACAAUCGGUUCCACAUAUAUGGCUGCAAGUGGCAUUAAUUCAAAUCGCACAAGUCAACCGGAUGAUCCAAUCACCAAGCGUUGGGCACAUUUAGAAGUUUUGGUCGAAUUUGCUUUGGAGUUAAAGAAGGCUCUGCAUGGCAUUAAUGAACAAUCGUUUAAUCAUUUUGUACUGAAAAUGGGUAUUAAUCACGGCCCCAUCACGGCUGGUGUUAUUGGCGCACGUAAACCACACUAUGACAUUUGGGGCAACACAGUGAAUGUGGCGUCACGUAUGGAGAGUACGGGCAAAGCUGGUGCUAUACAGGUGACAGACGAAACUUGCAACAUUUUACAAGAAUUCGGUUACACAUUCCAACAGCGAGGACUUGUUAGUGUAAAGGGUAAAGGUCAACUUAUGACCUUUUAUUUGGAGGGAAAAUCCGAAAAAGGCAGUGUUACCAAAUCGACAUCUCAUCAAAAGAGUGAGGAACCAAUCAAGCAUCCAGUAGAAAAUCACCUACAAACCACAAACGAACAUUGUAACGGUCAUUCGGCAUUAGAGCCUGAUAUAAAAACACCACUUUUAGAUGUGCGUGCGCAUGAAAAUAAUAGAUCAUCAGAUGGAGAAAGAGAAGCAUUAUUAAAUUAAAAUUUAUGCAAAACUUACAUUAUAAAAAAGUAAAAAUUAAAUAUGAAAACAACAAAAAUAAACUUCAAACUGACACGUAAAGCAGUUUAUGCUGGGCAUAAUUCUAUGCGUUUACGUGAUGAAAUUAUUACAUAGUAUGUAUGUAUUUAUAAAUAAUGAAUAUUUGUAUAAGACAUAGUUGUAGCUUCCAUUUAAUAAGAAAGAAACGGCGAUCCAGCUAGAAUACGGCCCAAAUAUGAGCAUCCACAGAACAGAAAAUGUACAGAAGCAAUAUUCAAACGGUUAUCUAGUCCAUACAAAAAACACACCAACAGACAAACUACCACAUAUGUAUAUAUACGUAUGUGUAUUAAAAGAAUUUUUGCAUUAUUUGAGAUAGGGAUUGUCCAUAAACCACGUGGCCUUCAGCGAACUCUCCUUCACUGCUUGUAGCCUAACGUAGCCAUUCCUUUCCUUUUACCUGUAUGUUCUUUGCCCGAUGUAACGUGGUCUCGUUUCAUAUUUCUUCUCGUUUUUUACUAACUUUUUAUUUGAAGUUAAUUUAUUUGAAUGAUUAAUAAUUAGAAUUUAUUCUUAUUAUUAGUAAAAAUCAUCAUUAAAAAUUAUCUAAAGAAACCUUCGUAGAUUUGCUCCCACCUCCUCCUUGUAGCGAUGUGGCUAUAAUGUAGGAUUUAAAGCCACGUGGUUUAUAUACGCUCCCAUAUGCGAAUACAGUUACAUAUAUCUAAAAAUCAAUAUCAUUAAUAUUACAUAAAGAAAAGCCUAG